AAUCACACGAAUUGCAAAGAGUACUUAAACUGUUUACCGUAUUCAUGACACAAAGAAGGCAGACAAACGUGAGUGGCGAAUUUAUACAAGGUUAACAGAAAUUUUCCCCAAUGGAGAACGGCCCCAGUAAUCACAAUGGGGAAACUGGGCAUGUAUGGGAGAGGCCCUGGACACUGGAGGAGAUGCGAAAAUCCAGGGCUAACUGGUCUUUGGCUGCCGACUCUGGGCUCUUUCUAUUCCUGCAAGACUUCUCUCAGAGAAUGCUGUCUAAGACCCAUGAGAUUGAGAAGCAGUUAGAUGGGCUCAUUCGUGACACCAAAGCCACGGACAGCUGCCUGCACACUGUUUUUAAUGACUUCCUUAUGUUGUCCAACACACAGUUCAUAGAAAACCGGGUAUAUGAUGAGGAGGUAGAGGAACCUGUGGCAAAACCAGAGGGCCAAGAGAGACAACCUGAACAGGAGAAAACCCGUGAGCAGAAGGAAGCAGAGUUGAUUCCUAAAGUCCAGGAGGCUGUGAACUCUGGCUUGAGGGUUUUAGAGUCAGCCUUUGAGCAGCUGGACAUUAAGGCUGGAAACUCUGACUCUGAGGAUGAGGAGGCCACAGACCGUGUGGAGCCCAUUCUAGAACCCAAGGACUUGUAUGUGGACAGGCCACUCCCAUACCUUAUUGGCUCCCAGGCGUUUAUGGAACAGGAUGAUGUGGGGCUGGGCGAUCUCUCCAGCGAUGACAUGUCCAUUAACAGCGACAGAGACAGUGUCAUCGAGAGUGAGGAAGACAAAGAUGCAGAUCAGUCUGAUGAAGACUUUGAGCAGGAUGAAGACGGACAUGACCGUUGGAAGAAGAAAAAUUCUUUGGGUAGUUAUGAUGAAGAUGAAGAGGAGGGUGAUGAAGAUGAGGACUCAGACAUAUUUGGGGAAUCAGACAAAGAUGAAGAUGAGGACAAAAAGGACUCUGCAGGACCAUCGUCCUUCGCUGAUGAGCUGGCAGCCCGCAUUAGAGGAGGUCCAGCACCUAAGUCAGAUCCAGAUCAAGCAUCCUUGUCAUCAGGUCCCUCAGUUACCAAGAAGAAGAAGAAGGGAAAGAAAGAGGCGAAGCCGGCAGAGGAAGAAGACAAUGAUGAAAUGUUUAAGCCUCCAAGCAUGGAUGAUGAGGAGUUCUCUCCAUUCGGUGGGAGAGGGGGACUCUUCAGUGGUGGAAAAGGCCUAUUUGAUGAUGAUGAUGAGGGGGAUCUCUUCUCUGAAGCACCCAAGAAUGAAGCAGAGAGGAGGGAACAGUCAGUGAAUGAACCUACAGAACCUGAAAAAAUGAAAAAGAUUCCAUCAGGUGCUGUCUCCAUAUUCCCAGAGGGAGGUCUGUUUGGUAAUGGCUCAGAAAGCCGCAGUCCCGUCAAACCCAAAACACAGGCGGCUCCUAAACAGCCGUCUGCCGGAGGGGGACUUUUUGACGACGACGACGAUGAUGACGAUGAUGACUUCUUCAGCGGGAAGACUGUCAAAAAAUCCAGCUCUGCUGGGCAGGAGAAGCCCCAGCCGAAGAAAACGGUCGAUCUGUUCGGUGGCGAUGAGGAUGAUGACGGCAGUGACAUUUUCAGCGGGAACUCCAGUGCUGCUCCUCCUCCUGUACAGAAUAAGGAGGUGGAAAAGGAGGUUGCUCCAUCUCCAGAGAAAAAGAUGCCUACUGGAGCAGUCUCCAUGUUCGGUCCCAGCACAAAGAAUCUGCUGGUGGAAGGACUGAAGAAACGCCAGCCGUCCAUCAGCGAGGAGUCUGAGAAAUCUGAAGAGAGUGCUCCCCCUCCUGAUGUGGUCAAAGCAUCACCUGCCACAAAACCAGCAGAGAAGAGUGUGAGUAAAGGACUGUUCUCAGAUGAUGAGGAUUCUCAGAUAUUCCCAAAGCUGACAAAAAGCCAGGCUAAACCUGAGCCGGCCAGUCAGAGCAAGCCCAGUAAACCCAGUAAGGCUGCUCUGUCUCUGUUUGAUGAUGAUGAGGAAGAGGAUCUGUUUUCCUCUGCACCAAAGUCCAAAUCCAUUCAGGUUAAGAAGCCCUCACCGCAAGCCAAGAAACCCGUGUCCAGUGCCCUCUUCAGUGAUGAAGAAGAUCAGUGGAUGAGUUCCAAACCCAGCCCAGUGAAAACUGAAGUGAAGAACAGUGGGAUGAAGGCGAGCACCAGCGCCCCCUCCAGUCUGCCCAAUGUUAAAGCGCCACCAAAAGACAGUCUGUUCAACGAUGGCGAUGAGGACGACCUGUUCGCAGCCACAAAAGAGUCAAAUCAAAAGAAGCCCCAGAGGGUGUCUCUCCUCUUUGAGGAUGAAGAUGAUGAUGAUGAUGAGAGAGGCUCUCUUUUUUCAGUUAAACCUCCUGUGAAUAAAACCAGUCCAGACAUCAAAGUAUCUGCUGCUGCUUCUGCAACACCAUCUGCAGUUGAUGGAGAUAAAACUGGGUCUCUGAAAGCAGCUUCGAUUGAGAAAAUUCCAGAAGAACCAGCUGUGGAUGCUCAGCCCUCUCCUGAGCGAGACACGGGGCUGAAGCGAAAGCUCCCGGCAGGUGCAGUGAGUCUGUUUGGAGGGAUUAACGUGGUUGACACAGGGGCUAAGAUACCAACCAAGAGUCCACUUGAUGAUGAUGGUGAUGAAGACUUCAUCAAAGAGGCCCCUCCACCAAUGGAAACGAAGGAGCCCAAGGCUAAGAAGACCACACUGAGCUUGUUCGAUGAUGAUGAUGAAGAGGAGGAAGAGGAGGCUGCCCAGACGACGCCGGACACUGUAUCAGCUAAACCAGCAGCCCAGAAUACAGUAAAGGAACAGAAAAGUCGUUCUAAGAUGACUGAUGUAUUUGAGGAUGAAGAGUUGCUCUUCAGUCAGACACAGCAAAAAGACAACGACCCUGACGUGGACUUGUUUUCCACCACCACCAAACCGGCUGUCCCUCUACCUGGUUCAGUAAAGCAAGCAGCACCUUCGCUCUUUAGCGAUGAUGAUGAAGAUGAUCUUUUCAGCUCUGCAAAGCCUAAAGUUGCUCCGAAAGCACCAGAGAAACCUACCAAGCCCAAAGUCGAGGCACCCAAGCCAGCCCAGUCCACCACGCCUGCCAACACAGCGGCACCAGCAGGAGAUGAGAAUCCUGUAAGCCCAGUCAAAACCAAAGAGCCCUCCAAACGGAUUGGAAAACUUCAAGCUGAUCUGGGCAUUAACCCUUCCGCCCUUCUGCCUGGCAUGGCACCUCGCCUACCCGGGGCAGUCAGUGUAAUGCCUGGCCCGGUACCCCCGACCCUCUCCUCACCAUCAGACCAGCUGCCCAGCCCCGUCAGCGUGCCCGCGACCCAAACAACGAGUGAGGGCGGAGUCAGCUUCGACACGCCCGCACAAGUCACCACACUGCAGAGUGCCAACAAGGGUCGUGUGAAAGGCUCAGGGCAGCGGAGGCCCCAGACCAGAGCUGCACGUGUCCUUGCAGCCCAGAUGUCAGAAGAGCAGAGUGGGGAAGCCCAGGGAGAGAGCUCUACUAACCAGGCCAAGGCUGGACCAGACACCACCUCCAUCUCCAACUCUGCUACAGUCAGACCGUCUGCACUAACCUUGCCUAUCACUACCAACCCUUCCACUACAACACACAGAGAAGAGCCUGACGGGACAGCAAAAGCACCCCCUGCUGCCAAGGCUGACCUUUUCGGAUCAGAUGACCUUUUCACCCCUACCACUAAGCACACACCCACCGUGAAACACAAAACCAAGCCGACACAGGAGGAUCUCAACGUAGCCUCAAACAAAGACAAGACGGCCUCCAUCUUUGAUGACCCUGGCGGUGACCUCUUUCAGACUGUCAAGCCAAAGCCUGUGAAGAAAGCUAAGGCCACAGCAUUCCUCGAGGAUGAUGAUGAUGAUGACAUUUUUGGAUCAGGGAAAAGUAGUAACAAAAGUAAAACAGUGGGCAGCUCUACUAAACAAAACAUUUUCCAGGGUCAGACAGAGGGACCUCCCAAAGCCCAUAAAAAGACAAAAGAAAAAGCUUUUGACGCUAGCCUGUUUGAUGAUAAUGUCGACAUUUUUGCUGAUCUGACAGUCACAGCAAAGCCAAAAGAGAAGAAAGCAAAAAAGAAAGUGGAAACUAAAUCUAUAUUUGAUGAUGAUAUGGAUGAUAUUUUCUCGUCUACGCCAGUUAAACCAGUGGCAAAGGCUCCUCCCAAAUCUAAGAAAGCCUCACCAGCUCAGGAGCCCAACUCUACAGAAGACUCCAACUCCAAUAUUUUUGAUGAUCCCCUGAAUGUGUUGGGUGGAAACUGAUUCUCAUGCCUUAAACAAUAGAACUGGUUAGAAAUGCCUGUGAUAAUGGCAGAAAAUACUGUAUUAAUAAUCCACAGAGAAUAUUUAUUAAUAGAAGUAGAUAACUGCUAUAGAACUCAUCAUGAAUACAGAACAGAAGUCCAUUCAUUUCUAAUGGCAUUUAUACACUCAUUGACUCUAAUCAACUGAUCAUAAAACUGUAAUGAACUGCCAUGUCAAUCUAAAGCAUAUUUCGCGUGUUUUUAUCGAAUGUUCGUCACAGCACUUUAAACAUGAAAUGAUCUCAUGUAAGACAUGUAUAGAAAGCAGUCAAUGAUUUAUAAAUUUGUGAAUGAAGACAUUCCUCUGACAGUGGCCUCAUAUGUUUGAUUUGUAAUUUCCAUGUCAAAUUGUGCCAUUCAAUGAUAUGAAUGAAUAUAAUUCUAAACUUAGUGCCCAUUAUUAAUAGU